AUGUCGGCCGCCUCCGACUCUCUGCCCAGGGCAACCAGCAGUCCCGCCGCCGGCUCCAGCGCCAAUACCAACACCAUCCAGCGGGACAAGAAUGGCUUCUUCCAGGUCCCCGCCGUCGCCGACCCCGCGUCCAACCCGCUUUCGCCCAAACUCGGUGCCGUUGCCGAUCCCACUGCCGCCGAUACCACUGCCUUCCCGUCGUCGGUCGUCGACGAGUCCAUCAUCGUCCCGGACUUUAUCCGGGCCCUGUCGUCGAUCCUAGAGGCUGACCAGUCGCCGUCGCCCCUGCCCGAGGACUUUAUCUCGGUCGACGGCCUCAAGGCCUGGUCGCACUCGGUCAAUCGUCCUUUGCAGGCCGUCCUGUGCGAUUUCUUGAAAUCCAGAUUCAUCGAGGCCAAGAAACCCUCCUCGGCCCGCGACCGCCAAAUCUCCAUCAGCCUGGUCUUCAAGGUUCUCGAGGGCAGGAGCCUCAUUGCCAAGGCGGGCAAGACGCGCGACCCAUAUUGCAUCAUCUCCUAUGGCCAUCUGCCCGAUGGCGACUCGUCCUCCAACGACCUCAAGAAGCCGCAGAAGGGCCGCGAGACCUUCCAGACGGAUGUGCAAAAGUCCACCGUCAGCCCUGUCUGGAACGAGCACCUGACCGUCACCGCCAAGGACCUGACCUCCAAGAUCGUGGUCCAGGUCUGGGACAAGAAGAAGGACUAUUUCCUGGGUCAGGUCAAGCUCUCGAUGCUCGAGCUCAUCACGGCCUGUGCCAAGGAUGGCUUUGUCUCAAAGUGGUUCCCGCUGCACUCCCGAAACUUCAAAAAGGACAAGGACAAGUACAUUGGCGGCGAGGUGUUUUUGGAAUGCAACCUUGCCGAGCAGGAGAGCAUCGAGAACAUCACCACCAUCGUCUCUGGAGAUCCAACUCUCUAUCUUCAGUCGCAGCUGGUGGCGUGCAAGGUGCGGUACAAGUCGCUCUACAAGAUCCUGCUCCGAAAUGCAUUGAUCUUGGACAUGCAGACCCUCCAGGCGAACCACCAAAUCACAGAGGCGACAAUCGAGCUCCUCACCGACGAAAGCCGGGCGCUCCUGACCACGAUGGGCCGUCAGUGGGCCGUGGGCGAGGCCUUCCAGGUCAUUGCCUAUCUUGAGCUCCUGUUCCUUCGGUACAAGAGUUACGAGAUCCCCACAAGUGCGCUCCUGCACGCCUACGAGACCCUCUACGAUAGCAUGAAGCGCAAAGAGGCCUGGCUCACGCCCUCCGACAGGCCCGAUCUCGAGCAGCUCUUGGAGGACAUGCACUCGUAUUACCUCACCCAAAUAACAAAGUACAAGGAGUUUUAUCCCAAGAACCAGCCCCGCGGCGCCCUCGAGACCACCAUCCUGAUGCUCCGGAUGAUCCACAAAAACGCAAUCUAUCGGGAGCUGCACCCUGGGCUACCCGAGUCCUUCCGCGAUGAGCUCCGCGGCAUCAUGACCGAGGCCGCCAUCGCCCGAUAUCACAAGAUGGAGGAGCUGACGCGGCCGUUUGAUGAAAGCGACAUUCACUCUGUCGUCGAAAGCAUCACCAAGCUGGCUGAAAUGCUCUCGGAGGAGAUCGAGGCUGAUGCGCGAUACUUUACCAAGCCCUUCCACAGGGAGCUGGAUAUCGUCCGUCUUACUGCCGAAACCUACCUCAAGUUCUUUAUGCUGACGCUCGAGAGCCACGUCGAGGAAAUUGAGAGCGACAACAGCGUCCAGCACGCCGCCAAGAGUGUCUUUGCCCUGUACAAGCGGCUCAAAGCCAUGGACGUGCGGUUUGUCGCGCUGGCGCCCAAGCUGAAGAAGCUCUCCAAAAAUGCCUCCUUUGAUAUCGAGCGCUGGUUUGCGCCUUUUGUCCAUCGUUGGUUGCUGAACCUUAACGAGCGCACCCAGGAGUGGGUCUCCAACUCGGUCAAGUCCGACACAUUCGAGCCCAUUCAGCAGCCGCCUGUGAGCCUGAGCAUCAACUCGUCCAACGACAGCCUCAACUCGGAAGUGCCCGUCCCCAAGCCCAUGACCCACUCCUUCAGUGUCACCGAUCUCUUCAGCGCCAUGUAUCAGGAACUCGAGUUCAUCAACGACCUGGAGUGGACCAACAUCGAGCAGCGCUCUCUGUUCUUCCAGAGCUUUGCCAGGACCGUCCACGACGCCAUCGAGCAGUACUGCGAUGCUGUUGUGCUUGGCGAGAUCAAGGCCGACCAAAAGGGCUUUGCCUCGCAGUUCCUGGGCAAGAUAGUGGGUCCCAAAGAUAUCGCAAACGAGUCGUGUGUCAAGCUCUGCAACAUUGAGUACGCCCUUGCCAAGCUCGAAGACAUGUACGAGCUGAUCUGCGUACCGGACCUGACCCAAACGCUCAAGAGCCACCGCCAGAGUGUCUUUGCCGAGCGCGGCAAGAUUCACCCGAACCGCAACAUCGGUGACACGCUCAUGGGCGCCUUCUACAUCCAGGUGUCCUACGCCGAGAACCUGCGGCCCUGCAACAAGAACGGCUUCUCCAACCCGUACCUCGUCAUCCGUGUCCCCGAUGGCACCAGGGUGCCAAGCACCAUCAUCGACGAAGUCAUUUCCAACUCGCACAACCGCCACUCGCUCGCGAACCAUCAGCGCCUCAGUUUCCAGCUCGAGAACAGUGGCGGGCCAGCGGCGCAGUACCCUCCGCCGCUCUCGAAGACGGCCGUGCUCUUUGAUGAGCACGGCAAGGCCAUCGUUGCCAACGGCGAGAAGCAGAACAAGGCCUCGGGCUCGAACGAGAAGAUCUUGGUGGGCGUCGACUGCGAGCUGUGCCGAACGCGCACGAUCAACGACACCCUGAACCCGGGCUGGGACGAGGCCUUCCAAGUGAUGCUGCCGCCGACGCAAGUGCUCGAGGUCAUGGUCGUGAGCGAGAACUUUUUGACGGUCGACGAGAUCAUCGGCAAGUCCACGGUCUCGCUGGAUCGCAGCAGCACGCUGCGCAAGCAGCUGGCUGACCACCAGACCCACGACGUGUACGUCGAGCUCGAGCCGCAGGGCCGCGUGCUGAUCCGGGUCACGCUCGAGGGCGAGGACGAGGACGUUGACUUUUGGUUCCGCAAGAGCCGCGAACGGCUGGUGCGAACCCGCGAUGAUGUGGUGCGGGUCCUCACUGCUCGCAUCACGCCGUACGUGCGGCAGGUCCUCACCAAGGCCAUCAAGGACCACGAGGCGGCCGCCAUUCCCGCCAAGACCUUCAUGUCGUCCCUGACCGAGAAAAAGCAGUACUCCAACGUGACCGGCACCGGCAUCUCCAUCGACCAGGUGAUCACGACCUCGGAGGCCGAUGCGGCGCUGUCGCCGCUCACGGACUAUCUCAACAAGAACCUGGCGACGCUGUGCUCGGGUCUCUCGGCCGCCAUGGCCCAGGAUGUGAUCCGCCGGACCUGGGACGAGACCUUGUCGAUCUUUGAGCACCUGCUGGUGCCGCCGCUGUUUGGCCAGAUUGAGAAGGACCGCAAGGUGCUGAACAGACGACAGAUCUCCAUCAUCAGCUGGUCGAUCUCGAUCCUCAAGGACUUUUUCUUUGCCGAUGCCGAGGGCCUCCCCCUGCCCGUGCUCGAGACCACCAAGUACGAGGACAUUAUGCUGCUUUGCAAGGUCUACAACCACGACCUCGAAGCGCUCAAGACCGAGUGCGAGUCACGCUUCCUCAAGGGCGACGGACUGGAGUGUCUGCUGCGCCUCUGCCGCUUCAAGAUCGAGCGCGAGGAAGGCCAAGACCGCGAUGACGGGCGGGUGUGGAUGGAUGUCCAGCUCGUCAAGCGGCGCGAGAUGAAGCAGUAG